GCUGCGAGCAUCAAAGCUCUCCGGAGCGUGGAGGCCAUGGUGGGGCGGAAUUUCUGCCGGUGUCUCUGAAACGAGGGCCUGCAAAACCAAGGGGUUUAACCUUUACAGUGCCAUGGUCUGGUGGGUACGGUGAUAUCCAUCCCCCUAGAGGUUGGACUUUUCCAACCUGUCUGAUUCUGUGAUUGUGUGGCACGGCGCAGAGAGUACGGCGGACAGGAUGGGUGUACAGGAACGUGGCAAACCCAGAGAGCGUCUCCGACCAUAUGUACAGGAUGGCGAUGAUGGCUUUGGUGACUGAGGACAAAGGCCUUAACAAGGACAGAUGCAUACGAUUAGCUUUGGUUCAUGAUAUGGCUGAAUGCAUCGUUGGAGAUAUUGCUCCUGCAGAUAAUAUCCCAAAAGAGGAGAAACACAGAAGAGAAGAGACAGCUAUGCAACAACUGACCCAGCUGCUAUCAGAGGACCUCGGAAAAGAAAUCUAUGAACUCUGGGACGAAUAUGAAAACCAGUCUACUGCAGAGGCCAAGUUUGUAAAGCAGUUGGAUCAGUGUGAGAUGAUCCUGCAAGCAUAUGAGUACGAAGAGUUGGAAAACACACCUGGCAGACUGCAGGAUUUUUUUGAUUCAACUGCUGGGAAGUUUGUUCACCCAGAAAUACUCCAGCUUGUAUCUCUGAUUAACACAGAAAGGAAAAAAAGAAUAGCUGCCACAUCUCACCCGCCUUCCUGAGGUGUUCCUAAAUGCUGCAGCCAUAAUAAAUACUUUGAUUUAUA